CCGGGACAUAUUGUACCAAAGAAAGGAGGCGAAGUGGCAAAUCGAGGAAAGUUUCGCCGACCCGAAGGCUCGGCGGAUGCCUUGCCACUGUUGCAUUGGUUGCAUGACCCACUUUCCUCCAAUCAAUACCUUACCCUUGCAGAUCAGCUUCGGUGUGUAGGUGUCCAUCGAAGAUCGGAUAUGCACAGUCAAUCGGUCUAUAACUCUGUGCGGGUCAAUUCCACGCGGAGACGCCUGUUAAUAAAUUGCUUGAACGCCCAUUUCUAUAGUAGUACUGCGGCUGCAAAGAAGCCAUUCGACAUCCUGUUCUUCGGUCGCGACGAAUUCUCUUGUAGCGUUUUCAAGCAAUUGCAUGACGCCCGAGAUGUUUGGAAGUCCAUCUCAAUCGCUACUAACCCAGACGUGAAAACUGGCCGACGGGGUUCUCAUUUGUCAAUUUCUCCACUUAAACAACUUGGGGAAUCUCUUGAGGUUCCAGUUCACACUAUACCACGACGAAAGGUUGACUUCAGGGAUUGGAUGCCUCCUCCACCAUUUACGAAUACCAACGAACCUCACUUCUCUGACCCUGCCAAUGAAACUCGUUUUCUUGUCACUGCUUCCUUCGGACGUAUUCUCCGCCCUUCGCUCCUACGUAUCUUUCUACCAGGUCAGCGACUCAAUGUUCAUCCAAGCUUACUGCCUGCAUAUCGAGGUCCGGCGCCCAUCCAGAGAGCUUUGAUGCGGGGAGACAAUGUGACAGGUGUGUGCGUUAUUGAUAUGAUGGAGAAGAAGGAAGGGAUUGAUGCGGGAAGCGUGUGGGCUUGCAAGAGCAUGGUUGUUCCAGAAAACGCGACAUUUCCUUUGAUGUCGGUAGAGCUGGCCCGAAUAGGAGGAGACUUACUUGUCACAGUACUUCGGGAUAUGUUACUAGGAAAGGCUAGCAGCAUCCCGCAACCUCCAGUCUCAUCUAUCACCCCACAUGCUUCUGCAAUAUCCGCCUCCGAUGCACGGGUUGAUUUUACGUCCCAAACUGCGUUGGACAUAGUCCGACUUUCUCUCGCCAUUUCACAUCAACGUCCUAUUACGACUACGAUGCACGAUGGACGCACUCUUCAGCUGCACCAUCUCAGUGUCUCCAAGAGCCAUGAUGACUUGGGUCCUGUCGAGCCUGGCUGGGCAGUGUAUUCGCCGCACACACGCACGAUACUUAUAAAUUGUGCUGACGGGAAGUGGCUGAGUGUUUUAAAGUUAAAGUCCCAAGAUCGUGCCCUUCUGACUGCGAAGGAAUGGUGGAAUGGGGUUAAGGGGCUAGGCGUGCUGCACGAGGGUAUGCUGAAACUUCUCUAGAGGAUUCUUUCAUGUCGGUAUAUCACUUACUCUUAAGGAAGUACUUCUCGAGCGCUUGCUACGGAGGCCGGGUUCGAUUCAUAUUCAGAGAAGCAUACUGCGCAGUCCGGGAAAGGUCCGCCACAAUCCCGGGUCUAUGGAUAAUGAUUGUCACUGAAGUGCCUCGUGUGGAUGCAUGUGGUUCAGGAGCAAAUUAGGUUUGUAUCGGGUCUAAUCCUGUGCCUGUAUUACAACCCUCGAAGGAGUGUGUGGUAGGUUUGUCCAAUGAGCGUUAGCUCGGUCCGAUCAGCACGCAAACAAUUACAUGUAAUACAUCACCUGCAGUAAACGUGAAGGGGUUUGCGAUA